GUCUAUCACUUCUUGAUUGACAUUAUUUAAAUCGAUCUGAAUUAUGGGAAAAAAAGUUGAUGACAAUUCUGACAUUGUGAUAUAUACAUAUCGCUAAAAGCAGAAGCUGAUUACACGCCAUGACACUAAAAUCAAUAAUUCAAUUUAAAAAAAUGCUUUGAAAUAAUUGAAUAUUUGGAUUCAAAACGGCUGCUAUUUUUUUACAUUUUCCCUAAAAAAAAUAAAAUUCGAAAAUAGUUUUUCCCAGCCAAGUAUGCAUGGAUAUUGUGUUAACUGAUAAUUUUUUAACUAAAUCUGUUCAUGAAAAAAAAAUUGUACAAAUUGUAAACAAAAACUUCAGUCAGGUGAAAAUUGAUGACAACUGUCGUCUAUAGGGGGGAAGGAUUAGCGUUCAAUUACUUAAAAAAAAUAAAAAGGCAUAUGUAAUUAACAUAUAAUAUAACGAUGCAUUCAGCUGUUCCGGGAAACUCGUAAAUUGCCACAUAGUCUAGCAGUAAGAUAUUUCUUUGAAUUAAAUCACUUUCAAAAUAAUUAUUUAAAAUAAAAAACGCUUGUUAAAUACAUCCUUUUUCUUCUGUGUAUAAGUACUGAGAGUCAAGGCAAUGUUCAAGAUCAACAUUUCACACGUACUGGCAUUGUUGCUGAUGACCAGCGUAUUUAUUGAGGAUUCCAAUGGGGCUUGGUGGAGUUGGACUAGAAGACGUAAACCUAAAGUACAGAUACAUGUACCUGUGACCACACAAGCACCAGUCUGCCCCCGUCUUUGUAGCUUCAGUUGUGAACCAUCAAAUAAAUGCGGAAGGUUCUGCUGUUUUUACUGCUACCGCAGUUGUAAUGGAAAAUAUCAGAAUAUUAGCUUGCCAUGUAAAUUUUCCGUGUGGGAUAAGAAUGGUGACGGUGCUGUUAGCAAGACUGAAUUUGUGAAUGUGACACAAGCGAACAAGAAUGUGGAUGUUGAUUACGUUUUCAAAACGUCAGACAAAAAUGCUGACAACGUCCUAUCAAAGGAAGAGCUACGCAAUGCACCAAUUAUUAUGGAGAAGUGUUAAAUGGCAACUGCAUAAAUUGUCACACAAGUCUAGUUGAGUUCUUCAGAAAUAAAUUCAAACUGUU